CACCAAAACAAAACAAACAACACCAACCCUUUACUCCAAAAAAAUCAAUCGUUCUCUCACACCCCAAUUCCUAAUCUUGCUUCUCUUCUCCACAAAGCUCCCAAAUUUCCUCUCUUUUCACCGUUUCUUGAACUGGGUCGAAACCCUUUUCGUGUGUAGAACACUACAAUUUGUUUUUUGUGGGGCGUUGAAAACCCGAAAGGGUGUUGAAGAAUUGUAGAAAUCAUCACGGCUAUUCAAAGGGUUUCACGGUUUCUUUCUCAUGCCCGUCGUUGUUCACGACGUAAGGGUUGUGUGAUUGAGACCAACCCUUCGCCGCACGGCGGGCGUGGUGCUCUUCCUUCUGAAGGUGGUAGUCCUUCUGAUCUCCUCUUUCUUGCUGGUGGUGGUGUUCUUCUUUUUCUCUUUUAGGUUUUAGUUUUUUAGAUUUUUAGAUUAACUCAAUUAAAUUAAGAUCUCGUAAAAAAAAGAUUAGUUUUUGUUCUUGUUCCUCAAGUGGGUUGGUAGCUUUUGUUUUUAGUAGUUUUUGUUAUUUUGAUUUUGUUGAGAGAGGUUUAAUUGAGAGUUAGAGAAGAUGUUGAGUAUUAAGAGGGUUCCGACGGUUGUUUCGAAUUAUCAAAAGGAUGAGGAUGCUCCUGUUAAUGGUUGUGGACGAAAUUGUCUCAAGAGUUGUUGUAUUCAAGAGGCGAAGCUCCCUUUGUAUGGUUUCAAAAGGGGUGAGGCAAAGGACUUGUCUCCCAUUGCAUGCAAGGAACGCCCUGUGGCUUUUUUGGACUCAAUUAUUCUUGGACAGUGGGAGGAUCGCAUGCAGAGAGGGUUGUUCCGUUACGAUGUUACUGCCUGUGAAACCAAGGUGAUUCCGGGUGAGUAUGGUUUCAUUGCCCAGCUGAACGAGGGUCGUCACCUCAAGAAGAGACCAACUGAAUUCCGAGUUGACAAGGUUCUCCAGCCCUUUGAUGAAACCAAAUUCAAUUUCACUAAAGUUGGACAAGAAGAGAUCCUGUUUCAAUUCAAGUCUAGCAGUGACGGGGAAACCCAAUUCUUUCCCGACGCGCCAAUUGAUGUUGAGAAUUCUCCUAGCUUUGUUGCCAUCAAUGUUAGUCCUAUUGAAUAUGGGCAUGUGCUGCUGAUUCCUCGAAUUUUCGAGUGUUUGCCCCAAAGGAUUGAUCACGCGAACUUUUCGCUUGCACUUCACAUGGCAGCUGAAGCAGGAAAUCCAUAUUUCCGAUUGGGUUACAACAGCUUGGGGGCAUUCGCCACUAUUAACCAUCUUCACUUCCAGGCAUAUUAUUUGGCCCUGCCUUUUCCAAUUGAGAAGGCUUCUACUAAGAAAAUUGCCAAAUUAAAUGGUGGUGUGAAAGUAUCUAAAUUGUUGAACUAUCCCGUCAGAGGUCUUGUCUUUGAGGGUGGUCAUGCACUGGAUGAUUUAGCAAACACCGUUUCUGAAGCCUGUAUCUGCCUUCAACACAACAACAUACCUUACAAUGUACUUAUUUCUGACUGCGGAAGGCGAGUUUUUCUCUUACCACAGUGCUAUGCAGAGAAACAAGCUCUUGGAGAAGUGCGUGCUGAGCUUCUGGACACGCAAGUUAAUCCAGCUGUGUGGGAAAUCAGUGGACACAUGGUGUUAAAGAGGAAGAAGGACUUUGAUGAGGCAUCUGAAGCCAAUGCUCGGGAGCUUCUUGCUGAGGUUUCUCUCUCUAAAGAGAGGUUUGAAGAAGUCAAUGCUCUUAUUUUUCAAGCCAUUACAUCUGAAAAAAUCGAUGUCACACCUCAAUGUCUAGAGGAAGUUGAUGCAGUAAGCUCAAGCACUAAGCCUGCUAUGGUGCCUGGUUCGCAUGAAUGCCUUGUUCUUCAGUAACAAACAAGGCUGUGAUGAAUAAAUGCAUAGUGAUUUUAAUUUACUGUGGUUCUUUCUGUUAUAAACUUCAAGUCUGAAGUUUUAGUAUUAUGAUUGCUCCAAGAACUUGAUAGAAUAAGUGGCUUGUAUUUAAUAUCUAGUGGCUCUCUAUGAUGGUGCUUGAAUAUUAUGUUUCAUGGUCUAUUGAAAAAUAUGAUGUAAUAAUUGCUCUUUGGAGCUUUAGGUUGAACAUUGUUACCACCCUUUUGAAUUGUAUAAUAUAAUUUUAUUAGAACACCAGUAAAAAAAA